GAGUCCAACUGGCUGAUAUUCCGAUACCAGACUCAUUGGAGAACUUGUUUAUAACAUGUCAUGGAUACUUCCAUGCCUCUAUGGUCUUUUGUUUCCCGCCGUUUCCACCCAAAUACUUAAUGUCUGCUGCGGAAUGCUUGAUUGGAGUCCUAACUGCUUUUCCAUCCGUUGGCCCAUAAACCAAGGUGUUGAGCCUCCUUGAUAAGCCUUUUUCUCUCCAGUACCACCUCUAUCCUCCCAGGACGAAGUUUUAGUAUGUUGCCCUACUGGAGCUUAAUGCGCGGAAGCAAAUUUUCGAUCACAUAGCGUCAUUUCUGUUCGCGGUGACCGUACAGCCUAACCGCUUUACCAGCCGCAAUCCAUAAAUCCGCCUCUGUAGACAUAUCGGUGUUACACUCCACUGCACUUCCCUCCACUAUCUCAGCAUGGAUACACUAGAGAACUCGAUGGCUUCGCUCGAUCUGUCAAUGGAUUCGCUCGAAGCCUCUAUGGACAAGCUUAAACUCCACAGGUGGAGUACAUAUGGCAUGGUCUUCUGUAAAAGGGCUGAAUGCCCAAACUCGAAAGUCUCUGGGGUUCAAAUGUCUGCUUGCUCCAAGUGCUUGAGAGUAGCAUACUGUAGCAAGGAAUGUCAGGCGAGCGAUUGGGACCGCCAUAAACCAGAAUGUCAGAUUUUGAAUAGGCGCAGGAAAGACCCGACAUCGACAGGUGGUGCCCCCGCAACUCAGGUCUCUGAAGAACUUGGCGCGUUCCGGAAACGUUUCCAGCCUACGAUUUUCCUUGCUGCACUUAACGCGUUCUCUGUUUCCUCUCCUGGGCCGGUAGGCUGGCGCGACCAUGCCUUCUACAUAGACCUCGAGCGACUUCCCGCUCCUACUCCGGAGUCACGACCCUGGUCCCGGUUCCGACUGCAUGAGGCUAACAUUCUUCCCCUUCCCGAACGUACAGAAGGGUCCCAGGACCACUACGACGUCUGGAAGGAGAGAAGGGAUGCUCGGAUGAACGAGCGCGAGAAGGAUGGUCUUUGUGUUAUUAGCAUUUUCAUCACCUGCAAAUGGGCCGGGAGCGAUCUUCUCCAUCCCUUUGACCUUCUUUACCCCAUGGAUACUCCGCUCAGGCUGAAUCAGGAACGAGUGGGUAAUUGGUUGUCGAUGCUUAGAGGCCUCAUUGAGCUGCAGUGCGGUCGUUAGGGUGCAUUUCCUUUUUCAUUGUUGCUUUUAUGCUGCGGUCGCUAUCCUUUGUUUUCUUUGGGCUGAAGAAUGCAUUGUCUAUUGUAUUACUCAUUCGACUUGUAAUUACGUACAUGUUGUAUUUGCUUGUAUCAGGUCCUACCAUCUGCUUCCUUUCCUUAAGGACUCAUUCAACGCAACUCUGUGUCACU